AUGCCUACUGCUAUGUCAUCCGAGUCGCAUUCUACAAUGCCCUCUACCUUGCUUAUCACCAUAUCACUUCCGGAGCCUCGGAAUAUGAUUGGAAAUGAUGGUAUGAAAAUUAAGCAUAGUGAAAAAGACGACUCAAACGAAGAUGUCAAUAUGGCGAAGAAACCAAUGCGCGCUGUUAAAAGCUCUCAGCCAGAAGACAGAACAAUAGAUGUUCAAAAACGGAAGCGCCAUCAAACAGAUGAAUUAGCCCUGGACCUUGAUUUACUCAAAAAGCCGAAGCUUACGAACAGAAGUCUCGAUUUCGAAUCAGAAGUCCCAGAGGGCAUAAAGCGGAAGUUUGACCAAGAUGUCGACUCAACUGGAGAUCUUCAACCAGCAAAGAAGCCGAGGCUAACCAAAGAAAUGCUCCAGUGUCAACUAAAAGCAGCAAAGAACGAGCUUGAGUCGACAGAGGACCAACUUAAAUCCACCAACAACGAGCUACAAUUGAUAAAGCGCAAACUCGAAAACGCACAAGUGGAAAUAUUAAUCCUAGAAGAACAGCUAGGGAAAGCAGCGAUCAAAUUUAUGAGUUGGGACACGACCGUGGAAUACCAUUUUAUAGGCUUAGAUCACGCCAUUAUACAUUUUGGCCACGAACAUCUUGUCUCCCCAUUUGAAGCGAAAACACUACCAGAGAAUAUUGAGAAGAAAUUCGAAGAAGUGUCGAAAGAAGGCAUUCGUAUGGCAUUUCGUUUGCACCGAGAUCUUAGAGAACCCUUUCAAGCUAUGGGGGAGGACGAUGGGCUAGGGUUGGGGCUGGGAAGAUUUUAUUCGGGCGAAGUUGGUGGCAGCAGCGAGGAUCUUGACCGCUGGCGAUCAUAUACGGCUCAAAUACUUUACAACUGCCCGAUGAAUGCAGCAAAGAUCCAAGGACUUAAAGACGAACUACUGGAGUUGACUCAACCGUUCUUCAUCAAGCAAAAGGAAUGCGAGAUUGAAACCGAGAUCAAGCCAGCCAUUGAUGCGAUCUUCAAGGAAGCAAUUGAGAUGGCUCUGAUAAUGAACCGGAUGGAUAGGCAAUUCGAAUUCAUGAGAAAGGAUCUUUCGAUUCCUGACGACGUCCCACGAGUCUUUGAUAACCGAUGGAUGCGUGUAGAAGCUCAUGCUCUGGUUGAUGAUGAUGUCGUUGACCUCAUAAUCUCUCCAUGCUUAUUGAUGUAUAUCAGAAACCCCGUAUAUAAGACCGAGCGGGUGAAUAUUGUGCGGCGAGCGGCGGUCUGUUACAAGAAGGGAGUGUGGUCUAUGGACCCAGAAAAAUGCAGAGGGCAACAAUUUCGCAAGACUGACCUCUUCGAAAGCACUGUUUUCAAGAAAGCAAAGGAGGAAGCAAAUAACUCGCAGAAAUAA